UACAAACAUAAUGCUCUCUAACAUUGAAGAUUACUUAUUGGUUGCAAAAAUGGGAUUGACAAAUUUAAAGACUGUAAUACAAUUGUUAAAAGCUAUUAAUUUUAAGGAGACUACAGCUAUUUGCUUCGGCAGUGAAAAUGGAUUAAAAAUUACAGUAGAAGAUGCAAAAUGUAUGCAGGCUACUGUAUAUAUUCCAUCUGCAGUUUUCGAUGAGUUUGAAUUAAAAGAGGAUGUGACUUUUUCAUUAAGUUUAAAUAUAUUAGUAGAGUGCCUUUGUAUGUUCUGGCCUGCUUCACAAGAUAAUUCAGUUGCAGUGCAAAUGUUUUACAAAGGUACAGGUUAUCCUGUAAGUAUUAUCAUUGAAGAAGAUGGUGUCAUCACAGAUUGCUCUUUGAAAACACUAGAGGUAGAUACAUUAUUAGAUUUUCAUCUGGAGGCCGAAAAUAUUGUAAAUAAAGUAGUGUUACAAACAGAAUUGUUAAAAGAUAUCAUAGCCGAAUUAGAUCCAACUAGCGAAUUAGUCGAGUUUCAUUUAUCACCAGAUGAUCCUUUCUUCAGAAUUAGCACAAAUGGUCUAGGUGGUAUUUGUCAUAUUGAUUUGCCUCAUAAUAGUGCUUUGAUAGAUACUUUUCAAUGUACAUCAACAGCAACAUCCAGUUUCAAGUUAGCACACAUUAAACCGGCGAUGAAAGCUUUAUCGUGUGCUAACAAAGUUUGCCUAAGAACUAAUAGUACUGGAAUAUUAAAUUUUCAAUAUAUGAUAAAAACCGAAAAUGGGCAUACUUGUUACAUGGAAUAUUAUAUAUCUCCAUUAAUAGAUAUGGACGAUUAAAUAGUGAUAAUACGGAUAUCUUAGAUCUUUCUUUUAAAUAUUAUAUAAUUUUAUUUUUCGCUAUAUACAUAUUUAUGCGCAUUUUGUAAAAGUUACAAGGUAAAAAAAUUGUAAUGGAAAUAUCCGGACAUUUCCGUUAAUCAUUAUUUGUAGAAAAAAACAUUUUUUAUUUAUCUUCACAUACACAAUAGGUAACGCAGUUACACUGCUGUACAUGGAACAUUAUGUAGUACAUAAUAUGUAAAUAUAUCAGGAAAUGUGCAUAAUGUAA